UCUUCUUGCACGUAUGGCAACUGUUUCAAGACCAAAAUAUUUGGCAAAACCCAUGUGUUUUUCCCAAGCUCUGAAGUAGCUAAAACUGUUCUAAGCUCUGACUUUGUGGGUUUCAAAAAGCGAUAUCUAAGAACAACUGCAAAGGCCAUUGGAGAUCGGAGCCUUCUCUGUGCUACAAAAGAAAACCACAAACUAAUAAGGCAUCGCCUAUCCAACCUUUUCGACUUCAAAGCGUUGUCUUCAUUCAUGCAAAAUUUCGAUGAAACGAUCGUAAGGGCUCUACUGCAAUGGGAAGGCAAAGGAAAAGUCCUGAUGUUAAUGAGCCUAGAGGAUGGGGAGGAUUUGAAAAAGCUAGAAGAUGUUUCAAGUGUUUGUGAUGCCAUGUUGUCCUUCCCCGUGUGGUUUUCGGGCACUGCUUAAUACAAGGGCCUCAAGGCAAGGAGAAGAAUUAUGAAUACAUUUACAAAGAUAAUUGAGAAACGAAGAAGAAAAGAAGAAAUUCACGACGACUUUGUACAAUCCCUACUAUGUGAAAGAGGAGAUGAAGAUGGCGCGAUGCUUACCGAUAAACAAAUUUGUGACAAUAUUUUAACACUCAUAAUCGCAGGUCAAGAUACAACAGCAAUUGCCAUGGCAUGGAUGGUGAAAUAUUUGGACGACAAGCAAAACAUUCAACAAACACUUAGGGCUCACCAAUCAUCCAUAGAAGCGCAUACGAUUCGAGCUUCAACUCUAAGUCUAGAAGAUUUGAACAAGAUGGCAUAUGCCUGUAAGGUUGUGAAAGAGGCCUUACAAAUGGCAACAAUAGUGCCGUGGUUUCCUAGGGAAGCCCUGGUUGAUUGUCUAAUUGGUGGUUUCCAAAUAAGGAAAGGGUGGAUUGUGAACAUUGAUGCUAGGGCAAUACACCAUGAUCCCUCCAUAUACAAGGAACCCAUGGAAUUCAAUCUACUAAGAUUCCAAGAAGAAUAAAAACCUUAUAGAUUCUUGGUUUUUGGAGCCGGCCUCCGAACAUGGCUGGGAAUGAACCUUGCCAAGGCUAUGAUGCUUGUUUUCUUGCACCGAUUAGUGACCACUUACAGGUGGGAGGUGAUUGAUUCAGAUAGCAGCCUCGUGAGAUGGUCACAUUUUCCUAAGCUCAAGAGCGAACGUCCAAUACGUGUCACUACUUUAAAGUAA